GGGCGGAUGAGGCUUUGGGAUGUCCAGGUUUGGCCCCAGGGCUGUGGGGCAGUGGAACCUGGCCUGGGUGAGCUGGGGGCUGCUCUGUAUCCCUUCCCUCUAUCCCCUUUCCUUUAUUCCUACUUCCAUGGUCCCCUUUCCUUUAUUCCCGUUCCUGUAUUCCUGUGUCCCUAAAGUGCUGGUGCCAGGGGACGGAUGUGGCUGAGUGGAUGGGGACAGAGGAGCAGCUCCUGAGCUGCACAAUUCCAUUGGCACCACAGUGGAUCUAUGGGGUCCUGGGGACCCCCAGCCCUCCCCGUUGCUCAUUGGUGCUGAAUUCUUUAAGCUCGUGGCCGUGUGCUCCCGUCGAGAGGCCCCGUUCCCGGCUCGUGUUUUGGGAUUACUCAUUGCUUACAGAACCACCCGUGUUUUCCCUCCCCUAUCGCUCACUUUUCCCCAUUGCAGGCAGUUGCGGAAGGGCUCCGGGUGGGGCUGGCAGUGACCCAACGCCGCGGCUCCAUCCCAGCAUGGGGUGAAGCUCCGGUGUGGGGCCGACGGGCGCCGCUCACCCCACGGCUUUCUGUCAGUUUUUGGGGCACCGCGGCGUCCCCGUGCCCGGCCCCACUGGGUGAGUCAGACCCAAUUCCCGCAGCCUCCUCCCGGCCUUAUAAGGAGCGGCGGCGGCGGCGUUGGGCUCUUUUGGUUAAUGGGUUAUUAGGGAGGGUGAUAAGUGCCUGUGUCACGCCGGGCAUCUCUGGAGCUCGUUGCUAAUUAGUGCCGGUGAUGGCCCCUAGGUCAGGUCUGGCCUGUUCCUGCCGAGCGUUGGGAUGGGACGCACGGUGUUCAUCGGCCCCAUGGGGUUGUGUUGAAUUUGGGGGUGAGAAAAGUGCCAAAAGGUUGAAAAUGGUCUUUUGGAGAGUUGGCCUCAUCGGGAUUGCUUGACUUCAUCUAUAGGGAAAUUGCUUCUUGCAUGGAAUGACCUCUUGUAAGGGGGUCUUCUCUUUUGUGGCAUUUGGUCCCAAACAAGAGGUGUGGAUUUAUGGAGAGCUUUGGGUCCUGGUGAGCUUGUGGUGUGCUGGGAUCUGUGCGGCCAGCACCAGACAACCGCGCUGCAAAGGGGGGAGCGGGCGCCGUGUGGGGUUUGGGUUCUGUCCAAGCAUGAGUUGAGCACAAGGUGCCCCAUUACCACCAUUCCUCCUGUGGGAAAUGCCCAAAUCUGCUGUCCUCCUGUUCUGGGGUUCUGUGCCAGAGGAUUGGGGCCGGCAUGGGGAGUCCCUGCAGCGCUGCGCUUCCUACUGGAGCCCAAGCCAAGGUGAUGGCAACCCCCACUGUCACAGGGAUCGAUCACAAACCAAGGCACCAUGGGGACAGCGGUGAGCACAAAGCCCCAGAAUCCUGGUGUGGGAACACGGCGGAGCUCAGGGACCAGAGCUCAGCAGCACCUCCAAUGUGCACCACGACCACCCAACAUCCCCUUACAGAGGGGAUGUGCUUUGCAGCCCCUUGGGGCGUCCCCAGAAUCCGCACACUGUGGUGCUGUAGGGAAGGAGCAGCACAGGCAGAGACUGGCUGCGCUGGAGCGCUCGCAACGCUGCAGAGAAGGUUCCUCCCAGAGCAGUCCUACAACUCCCAGCAAUACUCCAUCUGCGGCACACAGCACUGGGACUGCAGAGCCUGCCCGUGGCUCCUCGCUGUGUCCCACCUGCGUCACCCCAGUGCUGGAUUCAUCCAGAAUUGGGUUCUAUCGUGACAAAAGCACCCUCAUGCUGACGGCUGCGUCGCUCUGAAGGCGGUGAUGGAAAUCGGCGUCGCGCUCCUCGCUUAUCGCGGCACAUCUUCCCCGGGAGCGGGAUUCCCUCGGAGCAUUGGCAGCGCCGCACCCUCGCGUGGGUUUAUGGGGCCAGGGACGGCGUGGGAUCCUCCAGUUGUAAACAACACUGCGAGUGGGGCCACGUGGGGCGGCUACCGGAAUCCCUUCGCUUGGAUAAUUCUGUGAUUCCACCAUCUCUGAGGUCGCUUCCAACCAACCUCUCUGUGACCCCACUGAUCUUUUUCGGAUCCUUUCUGACCCAACCAUUCUAUAAUUUCAUGAUUCUUUGAGCUGUGAGGUCUCUUCCAACCCAACCGUGCUGUGAUCCCAUGACUCCGUGAUUCCUGUUUGCUUCCUAUGUCCAUGGAGAGAUGCGGGGACGCUUUGCAUGCAGGUGCUUCCCUGCCCUAUAAAACCAUGGGCACUCCUCUGACCUCACCACCAAAAUGAGUGCUGUGGGUGCUGUGUGAGCUGCACAUCCAACUUGGCAUUUUUUCCAACCGCUUCGACCUUCUUGUUUCUUCCAUAGGAAAACCUUCCCUGGAGAAGGGGUUGCGGGGUUAAGCGGUCAGUGCUUUGCGCGGGGUAGAACGAAGGGGUCCCUGCAGGAGGAACCUCCUCUCCCGGGAGCCCAGGCAAAGCGAGAGCAGCGUACACCCAAUAUUUUGGAAACAAACCCACAGCUUGUCGAGACUUGGGCGGUGCAGAGCGCUUGGAAGCGGAGCGGCACAAUCCUUUGGCGCUGCUCCGAGGGUGACGUGGCCAGGCGUGGUGUGGGGCAGGCACCGAUGGGGCUGGGUGUGGGGUGCUGAGCGGCCCCAGAGCACUGCGAUCUGCUGUGGGGUUGCCGGGAGCAUGAGUGGCCCUGGAGUUGGUGAGGAGAGCGUGAAGGUGCUGAGGCUGACGCUGCCGAAUGAGCUCCCGGGCGAGCGGCGCGAGCAGGCGAAGCAAAAGCCAGUGGGAAAAGCCUUCGCCAUGGUGGCCAACAGAUCGAGCAAUGGCCACGCGUUGGCAUCCGAGCGCAUCAAGUCCAACGACGGCGAUGAGGAGAUCAUCAAGGUCUAUCUGAAGGCGAGGGCUGAGGGCAGUGCGAACCAUGAGGAGCACGUCAGCCAGCUGAAGAGCGAAGUUCGGCACAUCCAGGAGGCUAGAAGUUUUUUGAAGAAGCUGCGGGAAGACUUAAGUAGUAAACUUGAGAGCAGACAAGGAGAUAAAGAGCACACACAGGUGGUGCUGGAGGAGCAGAACGGGAGCUGGUUGCACCCGGAGAGGCUCCGCGCUGAGCCUUGGGAAGAGCAGCAGGAUGAGGAUUGUUCAGGAGAUGAUGUAGAGAAGAUGCGGCAGACAGCGAAGAGGCUGUUCACGAGGCUGCAGGAGGCUGAGAAAUGCCAUCAGUUGGAGAAGAAGGACCUCGAGAGGACGGUGUCACGGUACCGGGAGGAGGCAGAGCAGACAAACUGUGCUCUGCGGAGAGCAGAGAGGAGCGUGGUGGAGAAGGAGCUGCAGGUGGACGAACUGCAGAGGCUGCUGGCGGGGAUGGAGAAGGAGCACAGAACUUUGCUGCUGAAGAUGAAAGACAGCGAAGCAGAGCUGGCACGGCUGAGAAGUGUGGAAGGUGACAAGCUCGCCGAACAGGACCGGUCGGCCAAGCUGGAGAAGGAGGUGGCAAUGCUGCGGGAGAAGAUCCACCACCUGGACGACAUGCUGAAGAGCCAGCAGCGCAAGGUCCGCCAGAUGAUCGAGCAGCUCCAGAACUCCAAAACGGUGAUUCAGGCCAAAGACGCUGUGAUCCAGGAGCUGAAGGAGAAAGUCGCCUACCUGGAGGCUGAGAACCUGGAGAUGCACGACCGCAUCGAGCACCUGAUUGAGAAGCAGGUCAGCCGGGGCGGCCACAGCUCCAGAGCACGUUCCAAGUCAGAGUACGUCAGCAGCAAAAGACUGAUGGGCCCCAAACCGCUGCCUCUCAUUCGAGUGGUGGAAACAUGAGUUUCGAGGGUUGGAGCGAGAUGAAGACUCUCCCCUUGUUCUCCUUGACCAGACUUCCCUGCUUGACUGUUCUCUGGCCUCUGUGCUCCGUCUGCCCUGGAGCUGCUGGCGGAGGGCUGCGUCCCGGAGGACAGACGCAGCCAGGGCAGUGCUGGCAGAGGAAGGAGGGCUGCAAGGUGCCCACGCUGCUGUCCCUUGGGGUCCCACGGAUGCCAGCCUGGAGCUGGUGGGGACAUUGAGGACGAGGUGCUCCCGGGCUGCAGGGCUGGGCUCGCUUCCCUACUCAGCCUUGGGUUCACUGGGGGGCUGCUGUGUGAGCAGCUUCUGAAGGGUCUCAUCAAAGUGGAGCCGCCUCUUCAGACUGUAGCUUGCCAACGUGGACUCGGGGUUUAAAUUAUUAAAAAAUAAUAAAAAUUCACUUACAAACCAGGAAAUCCUCUUGAAACUGGACUCCUUCCUACAAUGAAGCCCAAUGAGUUGGGAGCCUCCACCUCUGAUCUCCAGCACAUCUGCUGCUCCGAACCUGGCGAGGCUCCUGCGGCCAGAAUCGGUGGAUCGACAGAAUCGCUGCAGGUGGUGGAUCGGCACAGUCAGCACAGUCGUAGAGACUCAAUGCUGGAUCAACGCGGAUCGACACAAUCAGCGGAGACUCAGUCAACACAACUGGCACAAUUGGCACAGCAACGCAAUCGGUGGAUCGACACAAUUGGCACAGCCAGCGGAUCGACACAAACCUCCUCCCAGUCCCUCUCUCGAGCGUACAGAAAUCGUGCCCGAUGUCCCUCUCGUGUUUAAACCCAGAGGCGGUUUGGUUUGUACCUAUAUUUAUUUCAAUAAAUUAUUGGUGUCUUCCAAGGAUGUGGCGACAGGCAUGAUUGCUGCUGUCCAGCUCCAGGGGAGUGUUUGAGGACUGCCUGUCCCACGUUUGAACUGGAAAAUACCAACCUGCUUCCUCCGGCCGCUUCGUCGGUGCGUCGCGAUGCGGUGACCACAUUUUUGGGUCAGCCUGGAGGAGCUGCUGUGCUGAGCGGGGCGGUGAGGCAGAGUGCUGUAUGUACACCUCGCAUCUGUCAAUACAAAAGUACUCCUGUGUUAAUCUG